CUUUGGUUUCGAGACAUGGCCACCAGACAGAGCCGUUAGGGUAUCCGCAUGGAGUAAACUGCGAGUUCUGUGUUUUGCCAAAACCUGCGGUGUAUCAUUGCAUAGAAUGCGAUGCGAGUAUAUGCGGAGAUUGCUUCAAAAUCCCCCAAGAAGUUCCUCACGGCCACCAUCAAAGCCACAUUCUAAGGCUAACGGUAACCCCGAGGUUAUCCGACCUCCCUAAACCGAAAAAAAUAACAAUUAAAUACUUUGGUUUGUAUUUUCUGAUAUGCAAAGGGUGUCAUUAUAUAUCCUAUCCCCGUGGGCGUUACAGAUGUGACCAUUGCGAGUUUAGCAUGUGCGUUGAGUGUGGCAUAUCGAUAACGUGCAAGAUUCCGCUCGGGUGGGAAAGUAACGAGGAAUUCUGCCAUUGGAGCGAUGUGCACCAGCUCGUGAGAUGCAGGUUUAGGGAGUAUAGUCUUGUGGUGGAAAAGUUUCCUUACGAAUGCAAGAUAUGCGAGCUUCCGACGUGGGGUACUGGUUAUGCUUGUCCUGACCUUAUAUGCUACAACUUCAUACAUGAGUCGUGCAUCGACACACCUCGAGUCAUGCACCAUCCCUUGCACCCUCACCACCCCCUCACUCGUCCCGGCUUCACCCUUGAAUCUAGACUUAUAAGGUGCGGGGUUUGCAAGCAAGAUUUCAAUUUACGAAACCUAACGACUUAUAAUUGCGGUGAAUGCGAGUUUGCGUUGCAUUCUCAGUGCGCCAUUUCAAGGCUCCGGCCGAUAAAGCUCAAAUGCCACAAACAUAGUCUUGUAAGCGUUCUCAUCGGCGUCCCCUCGACCUCUCGAUGUAGCGUCUGUCGAAAACCGUUCAUGAAUCACGGUCUGAGUUGUGUGGAAUGCGAUGACUUUUUUCACGUCGAGUGUAUUUCUGUACCGAGAGAGUGGAAACACGAGCGUCAUGAACACACACUUAAUCUCAUGGACAGAAUAAUACCAUAUGCAUACAUUCAGAGCGAAUAUCCAUGUGACAUAUGUGAGGGAACGAUCAAGGAAGCAGCCAACGUUUAUGUUUACGGAUGCAACCUCUGCGAGUUCUAUGCCCAUUUCGAAUGCGUUCUAUCCAAGGAAGAUGAAUUUGAGCAUUUGUUGUCAUUCUUGUGCCCAGAGAACCAUAAUGAAACAUGGCAAAUACAAGAUUCCAAUCAUUCACGUGAUAAAGAGAUUAAGCAGAUAAAGGAAGCGGUUCAUGAUCAUCCUCACAAUGGGAAUAAUAAACUCUGCGGAAUGUGUAAUCUUCAAAUCAAUGGUCAAGCCUGCGCAUACGACGGCCGUCUUGGAUUUUGGGUUCAUGAGGAAUGUGCGGCGAUGCCUCACACAUUAGACGGCCAUCCUCUUCAUCCGGCUCACAAGCUCCAUCUCUCUAGACGUCUUUAUUCAACCUUAGCUGUGUGUGAUAUCUGCAGGGAUGCGUCCAAGGGAUUUCAUUUCCACUGUCGGUUAUGUGAAUUCUUCAUAGAUGUGAAAUGUGCGUUGCUAAGUGAAGCUGAACAAACUUUCUACGAUGAACAUCGCGUGGGAAAGACUCUAAAGCAUCCCCUCCACCAAGAGCACGAGCUGACCCUCGCGAGAUUCCGGACAGAUCUACGGAAACAAUGCAACAUGUGCGGAGAAGAACUAUUAGGUCCAUCAUAUUUUUGCAGACGGUGUUGUGAUUUCUGGGGUUUCCACAAAACUUGUACGGAAUGGCCGGGUUUGGUCGAGGGACAUCCCGUUGCUCCUCAUCACCUUCUUCGUCUUGGUCAUUUGCGGCAACUCCCCGAAGUACCACAGUGUCUUGCGUGUGGGUAUCCAAUAAGAUCGUUCAUCGGCUAUAAAGCUGAGGACUCAGAAAGAGGUAUACUUUAUUACCAUAUCGAAUGCGGAAGUUCUUUGGCUCGUCCCUUCAGAUGCAGAGGUCAUCCCCAUCAAUUCUAUUACGUUCACGACAAACCUUCUAAAGGUGUGCUUGAAGAUCCACGCUUGAUUCUUAUAUGCGCCUCUUGCGGAGAGGAGGCGGUGAAUUCGUACUGCCGAUGCCUCAAGUGUAGUCUCUAUUUCCAUGCCGGAUGUCUUCGUAAAGCAAAAUGGAUACCGAGCACCGCCAGACAUGAACAACAUGUGCAUUGGCUCUCUUUCAAGGAAGAAUGUAUCGACUAUGGAGGAUACUACUGUGAUACCUGCGAAGAACCCAGAGACUCUCGGCAUCCUUGUUACGCAUGCGAUGACUGCGAAUUCGUCGUGCAUAUCGAAUGCAUUGUUUCUGAAGAAAAUGCCUCGAGUGUGACACUGAAAGAGAUUGAAAGCGACGAUGUGAAGAUCCCGCAGUGCUCGUCGGACUGAUCGCGAUGCAUGUGUUCAUCUAGUUCCAUGGACAAUCUGUUAUGUGUUCAUAUAAUUUCAUAUCCCAAAUAAAUUUAUAUAUAGUUUUAUAUAACGUGUUGAAGCUUAUAUUAUUUAUCAAGUAUGACUAAAUAUGUGCAUGAGAUGUAUAGAUAGGUUCGCAAUCAUAACUUAUACCGCUUGUGAAGCUUCAGUCCACAGAAUGUCGAUA